UCCUCACAAAAAAAAUUUAAAUCCUCACAAAAAUUCUCCUUUUUUUUGCACUCGAUGGCCGAAUUGAAGAACCAUGGCGUCUGCGGCGCAAAAAGAUCGGCCUCCGAUGAAACCGAGGCGAUAAAAUUCGAUCCUAAGAAAUCAACGGCCAUGGUUCCGUCUCUCCUCGAGGAUCCAGCGGCUGCGAUUGCAAACACGCGUCACGAAUUCGGUGAACACGGAGGGGUAAACAUGUCCAUUGAAGCCUCCGCCACAUUCACCGUCAUGGAACCGGAGACGAUGCGGCGGAUGUUCGCCGGAGAGCUUGGUCCCGACCGUGAUUUCUAUAUUUACAGUCGUCAUUUCAAUCCGACGGUGUUGAAUCUUAGCCGUCAGAUGGCUGCCCUUGAAGGCACCGCUGCUGCCUACUGUACCUCCAGCGGAAUGUCCGCCAUCUGCGCCGUCCUCCUCCAACUCCUCGCCAGCGGGGACCAUGUCGUGGCGUCUAGAACCCUCUACGGUGGGACCCACGCGUUGCUGGCUCACUUUCUCCCGAGGACUUCGAAUAUAACGACGUCGUUUGUGGACAUAGGUGAUUUGGAGGAGGUGGAGAAGGAAAUUGUGGAAGGGAAAACGAAGGUGCUUUAUUUUGAAGCGGUUUCGAAUCCGACUUUGGCGGUGGCGAAUAUACCGGAACUGUGUCGGAUUGGCCAUGCAAAGGGUCUGACGGUGGUGGUGGAUAACACUUUCACGCCGAUGGUUCUGUCUCCGGCGAGGCUCGGUGCUGACGUGGUCGUCCACAGUAUUUCCAAGUUCAUCAGCGGUGGAGCUGACAUCAUUGCAGGUGCGGUAUGUGGGCCUUCGAAGCUAGUGAACUCGAUGAUGGACCUACGACAGGGUAGCUUGAUGCUUCUAGGGCCAACCAUGAACGCAAAGGUGGCGUUCGAGCUCUCGGAGAGAAUCCCUCACUUGAGCUUGAGAAUGAAGGAGCAUUGCAAAAGAGCAGCGGAGUUUGCAGAGAGAAUGAAGAAGGCAGGGUUGAAAGUCAUAUACCCGGGGCUACCAGAUCACCCACAGCACCAACUUAUGAAGAGCUUGGUGAACUCAGAAUACGGGUUUGGAGGAAUGUUGUGCCUUGACAUGGGAACUGAGGAAAAGGCGAACAAGCUCAUGAAUAUACUCCAAAACACCACACAAUUUGGGUUCAUGGCGGUGAGUUUAGGGUACUAUGAAACCCUAAUGUCAUGCUCGGGUAGUAGCACGAGUAGUGAAAUGAGCCGAGAGGAAAAGGAACUCGCAGGAAUCUCGCCCGGGCUCAUAAGAAUGUCUGUUGGAUAUAUUGGCACAUUGGACCAAAAAUGGAGCCAGUUUGAGAAGGCUAUAGCCAAAGUGGAAGCGAAGGAGCUUCCAUUUUGUAACAAUUAGUUACAAAAAUUGAACAUUAGUCCCUAUGAGUAUGACCCUUUUAAAUUAAUAAAUUAAUAUCUUUUAAGUA